UAAAGCAAUCAUUUCCAAAGAAUAGAAAAUAAAAAAAAUUAUUUUAAAUAAAGUAAAAAAGUAAGGAAUAAUAAUAUAAAAAAAGUUGUGUUAUCGAAGUUGCUUAACAAAAUGCGCUGCACAUUGAUUUUUGCCAUUAUUGCAGGCAUUGCAGUUACAGCUUUGGCCACCAAUCCUCCACGUUGGGAUGCCAACUACAUAGUCAAGGGCACUUUGUAUAUACCCUAUGCAGAAAUAGCUGAACCCUUCUUUGCCUGGUAUGACAAGAAUACCAAACGUUCCCGCAUUGAUUACUAUGGUGGCAUGGUGAAAACCUAUCAAUUGGCCAAUGAACAUCCCUAUGGCACCUCCUUAAAAUUGGCUCCUAUUACCACUAAAACUGAGCUAAACAAGGUCACCUGUCUUCAACUCAAUGGCACUUCCGAAGAUCCCAUACAAGUUCAGUCUAUACUACCCUAUGUUAAGGACUUCAAAUUGGUAGGCACCGAAACCUUUUUGGGCUUUAAUUGUGAUAAAUUCCGUUUAGAGGAGAUUAUAGGACAAAAGAAAAAUGUCUACACUUUGUGGGUGCGCUACAAGAAAUCGCCUCAUUACCCGGCCUCUAGAAUGCCCAUACCAGUACGUUAUGAAAUGAGAGGUUACAAUACACUGUUGGGUUCGCAUUAUGAUCAUUAUUAUUUGGAUUAUGACAGUUACGAUCAUGACGAUAUACCCAAUGAAGUUUUUGAAUUGGACGACAAUAUGGAAUGUAUGGCUUUUCCGGGACCUGGUAAGGGUCAUUAUGCUACCUUUAAUCCUAUGCAAGAAUUUGUACAUCCCGCUGCAGAACAUCAUGUAGAGCAUGCUUUUAAUCAUUUCAAGAAUAAACAUAACAUUGAUUAUCGCACAGAGCAAGAGCAUGAAUAUCGCAAAAAUGUUUUUAGGCAAAAUUUAAGAUUUAUUAAUUCGAAAAAUCGUGGUAAAUUAAGCUAUACAUUGGCUGUUAAUCAUUUGGCUGAUAAGACUGAAGAAGAAUUAAGAGCACGUAGGGGAUUCAAAUCGUCAGGUAUUUACAAUACCGGCAAACCCUUCCCCUACAAUGUGGAAAGGUUUAGAGAUAAUAUUCCAGAACAAUAUGAUUGGCGUUUGUUUGGUGCAGUAACUCCUGUUAAAGAUCAAUCUGUUUGCGGUUCUUGCUGGUCUUUUGGCACCAUUGGCCACUUAGAGGGAGCCUUUUUCCUUAAGAAUGGCGGUAAUUUAGUGCGUUUAUCACAACAGGCCUUAAUUGAUUGCUCUUGGCAGUAUGGCAACAAUGGCUGUGAUGGUGGUGAAGAUUUCCGUGCCUAUCAAUGGAUGAUGGAAAUGGGUGGUGUGCCCACCGAAGAAGAAUAUGGUCCCUAUUUGGGUCAAGAUGGUUAUUGUCAUGCCAAAAAUGUCAGUCUGGUGGCACCCAUUACUGGUUUUGUUAAUGUCACCUCCAACGAUCCCCAGGCUUUCAAGAUUGCCCUUUUGAAACAUGGCCCCUUAUCGGUGGCCAUCGAUGCCUCACCCAAAACCUUUAGUUUCUAUUCACAUGGUGUUUAUUAUGAACCUAGCUGCAAGAACGGCUUAGAUGAGCUUGAUCAUGCUGUGUUGGCUGUGGGUUAUGGCACCAUCAAUGGUGAAGAUUAUUGGUUGGUUAAGAAUUCUUGGUCCACAUAUUGGGGUAAUGAUGGUUACAUCUUAAUGUCGGCCCGCAAAAACAAUUGUGGUGUCAUGACCAUGCCAACUUAUGUGGAAAUGUAAGGUGGUGGCCGGUGGGUUUGUGGCUUUUUGGGAGUAUCUUCCAAGUUUUGCCAAAAUGCCGUCAUUUUGUUUUUCAUAACUUUUUUCUUUUAUAUUUUAUUAUUAUUUUUUGUAACUUUUUUUUAAUGUUUAUAAGCAAUAAAUAUAUUACUAAAAUAAAUAA